AUGGCUGCCCCACCCGACCUGCUCCGCGCCAAGGGGCUCCCGCUGCUGCUGCUGCUGCUGCUGCUGGGUAGGUCGAGGCCGGACGCCUGGGUUCCCCCCCUCGCAGGGCGCGGGAGGAGGAGAGCUCGGGGCCGGACGCCUGGGUUCCCUCCCAGGGGGGCGGAGGAGGAGGGAUUUCCUCCCCCUGCAAGGCAGAGACUCAGCGGGCGCAGGAAGGGGCUGGCGGGGGAAACUUCUCCGGUGGGAUUUCUGCCUGUCGCAAAGCGGGGCGGGGCGGGGGGGGAUUUGGCCCGGGAUAGUCCCUCCGCUUUCGCUUUCCGUUUCCUGGCCGAGUCCCGAAUCCGGCCCCUUGCUGCCCCGCUGCUCCUGCCCUCCGGCCCCCCUCGGGGGCAUCUUCUUCCCAAUGGAGCCUCCCUGGACAGAGCCAGUCUACCUUGCCCUGCUCCGGAUCCAGCAGGGCUCUCCCAGACUGGGCUAGCGGGAGGGGUCCCCUUGCUCCGGACCCAGAUGCUGCGGCUGCUUUGGGGGCCCCCAGGGGCAUCCAGUCCACCCCUUCUUCUUCUUCCUCCUCCUCUCCUGGCAGGAGCGUCCUUCGGCAGAUCCUCGCCUCCGCUGGCCAAGCUGGGCUGCUGGUUCCUGGAGGAGGCUGGGGGCGGAGGCUCAGGCAUGUCCAGCGCCCCCAAGCAGCGCCCCGCCAUCUUGUUCCUGCCCCCACCCGGGAGACGCCUGGAAGAAGCUGCCCUGGAGUCCGAGUUGCCCCCGGAGGUGGAGGCCGGCCUGGCCUUCCAGGUCCUGGGUAUGGAGACCCCCCAUAGGACACCCCCACCUGUCCCCUGGGUCCCAUCCCUGCUUCUCAUUCACCGGGAGGGACUUGAAGCACCUCUGAAUUCAGCCUCACUGGGAGACCCAUUUCACAGGCGCCACAACUGAGGCUGGGAAACUUAAAAUGAUUCUCUGGAUCUUCAGUGUCGGCAAACACUCCUUCCCCAAUCUCCGUUUUUAAACCUCCAGGGACAGAGUUGCUUUCCUUGGAGGUUUUCCAAACAGAGGCUGGAAGGCCAAAUGUCAGGGAUUCUUGAGCUAAGAUUCCUGCAUUGCAGGGGGUGAGACUAGAUGUCCCUCGGGGUCCAACCUACAGCUGUUUACUUUUUUAUUUUUAAACAUUUUUUCUUUUAAAAACAUCAGUGUGAUUGAACAACACUAAAUAAUAAUACAGUGAUACCUCGGGUUAAGUACUUAAUUCGUUCCAGAGGUCCGUUCUUAACCUGAAACUGUUCUUAACCUGAAGCACCACUUUAGCUAAUGGGGCCUCCUGCUGCUGCCGCGCUGCCGGAGCACGAUUUCUGUUCUCAUCCUGAAGCAAAGUUCUUAACCUGAAGCACUAUUUCUGGGUUAGCGGAGUCUGUAACUUGAAGAGUAUGUAACCCGAGGUACCGCAGUAUCUAUAUCUGGCCACAGUGAUCCAUGCGACGGUCACCUCCAGGCUUGACUACUGUAAUGUGCUCUACGCGGGGCUGCCCUCGAAGCUGACCCAGAAACUCCAGCGGGUGCAGAAUGCUGCAGCGAGGCUCCUCACGGGGUCUCUGCCAGGGGAGCAGAUUCACCCAGUGCUUUUCCAGCUGCACUGGCUCCCAGUGGAGUACAGGGUCAGGUUCAAGGUGCUGCUUUUGACCUUUCAAGCCCUCCACGGCCCACGACCCUCGUCCCUACAGGACCGCCUCUCCUGGCCUGCCCCACGGAGAGCCUCAAGGUCCAUAAAUAACAACACCCUAGUGGUCCCAGGCCCUAAGGAAGUUAGAUUGGCUUCAACCAGAGGCAGGGCCUUUUCAGCACUGGCCCCGGCCUGGUGGAACGCUCUGCCUCAUGAGACCAGGGCCCUGCAGGAUCUGAUUUCUUUCCUCAGGGCCUGUAAGACAGAGUUGUUCCGCCUGGCCUUUGGCUUGGAGCCAAUUUGAUUCCCUCCGUCCCUUUCUUUCUUUUUUCCUUUCCUUCUCCUCCUGCGAGGAGGCUACAUUUUAAUAUUUUAAUGUUAUAUUUUAAUUUUGUUUUUAAGUUGUAUUCAUUCAACUUAUUUUUAUUAUUGCUUGUUAGCCACCCUGAGCCUGGCCUUGGCUGGGGAGGGCGGGGUAUGAAUAAAAUUUAUUAUUAUUUUUAUCUAUUAUCCAUGUUAUCCAUUUUAAACUCUUAGGCCUUAAACUCAUUUGCAAUAACUGUGCUGGGUGCCAGAGCCCCACGAGGCCCAGGGGAGCCCCCAGCGGACUUUGGCUGAGACCCACGGACUGGAAUAAAGCAAAGUUAUGAUGAGGGCCAACAGGCCUGGCUCCGGGUUCAACCACACACAAUUUAAAUUGAGAAUAUUUGAAUAAUAAAAAGGGAAAUAAAAAGUGAAUAGAGAACAAAGAAAUAAAAGGGGGGGGGGAGGUAUAUUACAAUAUAUCACUAAAUAUGCCAACAACUACAGUUCCAUACAUGCUUCUCUGGUAUAUAGGUACAGUGCUUUUUUCUAAAAAUUGUUCAGGGUUACUCUCAUUUUGACUCAAGAAAAUCACCAUUUUAUAGUUCCAAUUGGGAAAAAUAAAUACAGUGAAUGGACAAAAGAAAUCAUCUCAAUAACUCAGGAGUCCUACUGUUGUGGAUUAAUUUAAACUAGUUAUGCUUAUUCUGGAUCUACUUCAAAUUGGUUUCCAACCUCAACAUUUCCACUUUUCAGAGGGACAAAGCUGCUUGGUUGUUUUGGUUUCACCCAGAACGGUGGAGUUGGGAACCCCAAAGGUCAUCCACUCCAACCCCCUGCGAUGUAGGUUGGGGGGGUCCGGCAGUGGAGAGACAAGGCUCAUCAUUCCCCCCCCAGACACUGGUUCACCUCCCCCCGCUUUGUCCCCCCGGCAGACCCCUCUGGGGCCCUGUGGGGCGGUCAGGCCUCGGCCACCCCCCCGCCGUGGCUGAGUCCGGAUGCCAGCGAGGCUGAAUCCUCCUGCGAGAUCAACGCUUACGCGCCGCAAGAGUCCCACGUCGCCUGGGCGGAGGGGCUGGCGGGCGGAGGGGGCUGCCCCCGCGCCCUGGAGAGGGGCAAGUGGCUCAUCGCCAGCAUCCAGGCCCCCGACGCCGAGUUCGGGGUCAGCAGCGUCCUGCACACCGAGGAGGCCCCGCCUUGGAAGCAGCAGGAUGGGGUCAGCAGCGUCACCACCACCGCAGGUACCACCUGGCGAGCGGAAGGGGAGCAGCGCGGCCUAGCGGUUAGAGCCCUGCGCCAGCAGCCUGGGAGAGAGGGACCAGCUUAUCAGACAGGCCUGCCAUCAGAGUCAGCGUGGAGGAAUGGCAGGCGAAGGGGAUGGAGGCCGCCUUGAGCCCCUGGGAGGAGAAGGCGGGGCAGAAAUGCGGUUAUUUAAAUUAGGAGUGCCCAAAGUCAUUGGUUACACCCUCAUGGGGGGUGGGGGGCACCGUGGGCCAAUUGGAAAGCGGAAAUCCCUGGAUCAAAUGCAUCUGCUGGGUUGAACUACUUGGAGUAGUCUGAAGUGGAUUUUGAGUCAUUUGGCAACUAAUUGUUGCUGUUUCAAAUCUUGCUUUCAUCUUACUGGGUCAUGCAAACAGUUGUUCCAAACCAUGCCUCUUUUAGGGCACUGGCUGAAAGGGAGAGAGUUUAUGGGGGUCCCCCCCAAAUUUGAGAACCACGAAAUUAAAUGAAUAAAUCAAAUAGAUGGUGGGUUUGUUCAGAGCCGUCUUUCCCAUAGGGCUUAGUGAUGCGUCGCGCCAGGGCGCUGGCCUCUCGGGGGAUCGCUCUCCUGCAUUGGCAUGGGGGAGAGGUGCGCCCCCCACAAGGGCUGGCAGUGCGCAGCUACGGCCACCCCAACACUAUCGGUGGUAAUCUGGGGGUGUUGGGCGGACAUUUGCAGCCUGGCGCCGCAUCUGCUAAACACGGCCCUGGGUUUGUUGUUUUCCCUUCUGGGAUUCCUCCCUUGCACGGGGGGUUGGUCUAGAUGACCGCUGGGGAUCUCUCCCGCUCACCUCGCCCUCCUCCCUCCUUGCGCAGCGGUGCUGUCGGUCUUCACACGGACGCCGCGCCUGGAGUCCCGCCUCGGGCGCCCGGCGGUCCUGCACUGCGGCUUCUCGGCGCCGGCCUCGGCCUUCUCGGUGGAGUGGCGCCAUCAGUUCCGGGGGGCCGGGAAGGUGGUGCUGGCCUUCGACGGAGCCUCGCGGGGGGUGUCGGUGGCCGAGGAGGGGGCCGAGCUGCUGCUGGAUGCUGAGGGCGGUGGCGCCUCCCUGCGCCUGCGGAGCGUGGCCGUCCGCCACGAGGGCACCUACAUCUGCACCGUCUACCUGCCCCACCUGCACGCCCAGCAGGCGCUCGAGUUCAAGGUGGUGGGUGAGUGAGCAACCGGGGGGUCUCCCUCGCAGGGAGGGCGGAGGGAAGGAAGGGGAAAGGGGGGUCCACUGCCCAAAGGGACCCCCAUGGAGCCAGCAUCUUGUAUUCUCACAGUCCAAAUGCCGGCCAGGACCUAGGGAUCCAGAUAGACUGCUCCUGGGCCUGGAGGCGCCAAAAGAACAUAGGGAGAGUGCUUAAACCUUGCAGUGGCCAAAUUGCCCUGAGAUCCCUGACUGGCAGGGGUUGGUCUAGAUGACCCUUGCAGGUCCCUUCCACUUCUGCAAUUCUAGGCUUCUAAGAGCCAAGCGAUCCAGAGAGACUGCCCCUGGACUGGGAGGCUCCUUAAGAAGCGCCUGGCCACUUGAUCAAGCCAACGGGGACCCUGUCUUCCUCAGGAUUCGAAUCCAAGAGCCCCCCUCUCCCCUCCCAGCAGCUGGGAGCCUGCAGCACUCCUGGUUGUCAGCAGGGGGCGCUCUGCUCACUCCCUCCCCCUCUCGCCCUGCAGAGCCCCCCCAGGUGACGCUGCGCCCCACGACGCUCUCGGUCUCCCCCGGCGCCCGGCCCCAGCUGGCCUGCGAGGUCUCCGGCUUCUUCCCUCUGGGUGCCUCGGUCAGCUGGAAGCGGAGGGGGUCCGGCGCCCCCCAGGACGCCUUCCUGGACAUCGGGGACUCGGGGCACCGCCAGGCUCCUGACGGCACCUUCAGCUUCACCAGCUUCGCCCACCUGCUGCCCGUCCCGACCGAGGACCACGGGGUCUCCUACGUCUGCCACGUGGGCCACGCCGGGCUGGGCGAGGCGGGGGUCAAGAAGGCGGUUGUGCUCCAUGUGGCAGGUGGGGGUCUGCACUUGGGGGUCUGUGCUGAGGUCCCCUGGGGGCUGGGUAGCAAGGCCCAGAAGACCGGCUGCGGAUGUGAUUCCUGACUGGCGGAGGUUGGGGGGUGUGGUCCGUCCUGCGUGAUUUAGCUGGAUUCCUCCCUUGAAGGGGGUUGGGCUAGAUGACCGCUGGGGUACCCUCCCAACUAGGAUUCUGUAAAUUGACACUGAUCAAGUCGGGCAUGGGGUGGAGGAUAUGGGGGGUGGGGCGAAGGUGCAGCUUUGGGACCUGCAAUGGGUGGCCAAGGCAGGGUGGGGGUCUGACGUCGCCCCUCUUCUCCCUCGCUGACGCCCUCCUUCCCCCUUCUCCCCCCCCAGGGUCCCUGGGCCCCUCCCUGGAGGAUGCCAUCGGCUUGUUCCUGGUCGCCAUUGUGCUCCUGGGGGUCUUGCGGUCCUUCUUCCGAUGGGGUAAGGUUGUUCCCACCCACCCCUUCUGUACUGUUAUUUUUGUUAUCAAUAUGGUCCUAUUUUACCAUUUGGUCAAUAUUUUGGGGGGAUACUUUAGUUGAGAUUCCUGCCUUGCAGGGGUUGGGCUAGAUGACCCUCUGGGUCCCUUCUGAUUCUACAAUUCUUGGAUUCUAUAAACAUGCACAGCACCCUCCUUUUCUGGAUCUCUGGGCAGUUUGUGGCGUAAAAAUGCACAAUGAAAACACAACGUACAUAAUAAAAAUGAGAACCAAAACAAACCAAUAACCCAGCCUCCCUCAAGUCUAAUUAUUAUAAUGAAAAAUAGAAAUAUUUUCCCUGGCGGAGAGAAUUCAGAAUCUAUUAAGACCAUGCAAAUAUUGACAGUAAAAGCAGGUGAGAAACCUCUCCACCACCACCUGACGCCUUUGAUUGGCGGAACUGGCGCUGACCAAUUGACUCCCCUUUCCCACAGUUGCCAGUACAAGAAGCUCAGCUGGGAAAGCCUCUUGAUUUCAGGGUUGUGGGUUCAAGCACCACCUUGGGGAAAAGAUUCCUGCCUAGAUGACCCUCAGGGUCCCUUCUGGCUCCAAGAUCCUUUGGAACUCCCCGCCUCUUCAUACCAACCAGGCGCCUUGGCCGGACUCUCUUUGGUCGCCUGCUAAAAACAUCCCUGCCCAGCGGCUCAGAAAUGUUGAUUUCCGUUUUAGCUUUCUGCAUGCUUUCAAGUAUUCCUGUCCAUUUCCCUGGGUUUUCUGGUCAUUAACCUUUCCCUGCUUCAUUUUCCUCCUUUUUCCAGCUUCUGAAGAAAAACCCAAAUUGGAGAAGCCCAAAUCCGAGGUCAGUGUCCAAGAUGCUCCCAAGACUGCCAAGUUCUCUCGAUUCCUCAUUUUCCUAUUCUUUUAA